AGAGUAUAAGAGAGAUCUGCCGACCAGCAAAGAGUCGAGAAGACGAGGCGAAAAAAGCAUCAUGGACCUUUCUGCAACAGUGAUCCUGGCGGGGCUAAUCUUAGCUCUGCUGUGGUUGUUUAUAGUCAGAAACAGCAGGAAGUAUCGGUUGCCCCCAGGACCCUUUGCACUUCCUCUCAUAGGAAACCUGCCGCAACUGGACAAAAAUGUCCCUUUUAAAAGCAUUGUCAAGUUAAGUGAAACCCACGGUCCUGUGAUGACCCUCUACCUGGGCUGGCAGCGGGUGGUUUUUCUGGUGGGAUAUGACGCGGUGAAGGAGGCUCUGGUGGACCAGGCAGACGACUUCACAGGCAGAGGGCCACUGCCGUUUCUGAUCAAAAUGACCAAGGGCUAUGGUUUGGGGAUCAGCAACGGGGAGCGCUGGCGCCAACUGCGACGUUUCACACUGUCGACCCUGAGAGACUUUGGGAUGGGACGCAAGGGGAUGGAGGAGUGGAUCCAGGAGGAGAGCACACACCUGAGGGCCCGCAUAGAGUCAUUCAAAGACAAGCCAUUUGACCCCACGUUCCUGAUGAGCCGCACCGUGUCCAAUGUGAUCUGCUGUCUGGUGUUUGGUGAACGCUUCGGGUACGAGGACAAGAAGUUCCUGAACCUCCUCAGCAUCAUAUCUGAAAUUUUAAAGUUCAUGAACAGCCCUGUCGGUCAGUUGUACAACAUCUUUCCCUGGCUCAUGGAGCGUCUGCCCGGCCCCCAGCACACUUGUUUUGCCAAAGUUGAGAAGUUGAGAGAGUUCAUCGAGAUGAAGAUCCAAGAGCACAAAGAGACACUGGACCCCAGCUCCCCGAGGGACUUUAUUGACUGCUUUCUCCUCCGAAUCAAUCAGGAAAAGGACAAUCCCAAGACCGAGUUCCACUAUGAAAACUUGGUCUCCACAGUGUUCAACCUCUUCCUGGCAGGAACGGAAACCACCAGCUCCACCAUCAGAUAUGGCCUCAGUGUGCUGAUCAAAUACCCGAACAUACAGGAGAAAAUGCAGAAGGAGAUUGACACUGUGAUUGGACAAGGCUGUGCUCCCAGCAUGGAGAACAGGAAGUCCCUCCCCUUCACAGAUGCAGUUGUCCAUGAGGUGCAGCGCUUUCUGGACCUUGUCCCCUUCGGCCUCCCUCACUACGCACUCCAGGAUAUCUCUUUUCGGGGUUACACGAUUCCCAAGGACACAAUAAUCUUUCCCAUGUUGCACUCUGUGCUGAAAGAGGAAAAUAAAUGGGCGACUCCCCAGUCCUUCAACCCCCAGCACUUCCUGGACCAGAAUGACAACUUCAAGAAAAAUCCUGCAUUCCUGCCUUUCGCUGCAGGGAAGAGAGCCUGUGUUGGAGAGUCUCUGGCUCGUAUGGAGCUUUUCAUCUUCCUGGUGUCGAUGCUGCAGAAUUUCACCUUUUCCUGCGCCGGAGGCCCUGACAGUAUAAACCUUGUUGCAGAGUACAGCAGCUUUGCCAAUCUGCCCCGCACGUACCAGAUCAUCGCCACGCCGCGGUGAGACGAGGUGCUCCCCCUGGGCCGUCGAUCAUCGCUUGAAGCACCCUGAGUCCCCCAUACUCAGUCUUUAAUGUAUUUUAAUCAACUCUUUGUUCCUGUGUUACUUGUGAACACGCUUUCUACUGCUAUUAAAAUGUAUUGCUACAUUACUACUAUAAAAGUACAUACAAACAAAUACAUAUAUACAUACAAAUGGCACUGAAUCACUUCCUGCUGUGAAAGAACCAACGAGGUAAUUUACUCACUUGUGUCUUGAAGACAUCGAAUGUAUCGUCUCUGUUAAAAACUUGCCAAAAGCUCUGCCUUUAAAAUAAAGUCAUAACAUUGAAACACUCCUUGAAAGAGAAAACAUAUUUUCAAACACAAAAUCCUUAGAAAUUUGAACAUUGGAUAAAGCUUGGUUCUAAAUUCUUGUCUCAUUUUGUUGACAUUUUAGAGUCAAAGGUUUUUACAGAGGGAAUCUUGGAUAUCUCUUUUUAUCACGCAAUAAA